CGUCUCCGGACCAAAGCGUCUCCGUAGUUGCAUAGCAACCACUACUGAAACCAACGGGCGUCAAAUUUUCUUUAAAGAGCAAAUAUUAAUUUGUUAACCGAAGCAACAUUUGUUUUCUGGCAGGUUUCAGUCGAGACGACAGCAGCUGUGGAAAAUGUCGAAGAAGAACACGGAGGUAAAAGCAGAAGGCUUCACCGUGAGGUCCAGCUUGAAGAACGCAGUGGUGGUGGGUCCGCCUGCAGCAGGGGCUUUUCGGGAACGCCCUUCCAAACCAACCAACUUUCGAAAGUUCUAUGAGCAUGGAGCGUUUCCGAUUGCACUGGACCAUGACAACAAAGGCAACAGGAUUGCUUGGAAGGUGGACAUCGAGACGCUGGACUACUACCACUACCUCCCACUGUUCUUUGAUGGUUUAUGUGAGACUGCUCAUCCAUACGAGUUCUUCGCCCGCCAGGGAAUCCAUGACAUGCUGGACCACGGAGGCUCCAAAAUCCUGCCUGUCAUUCCCCAGCUCAUCGUCCCCAUCAAGAAUGCCCUUAACACGAGGAACAAUCAGGUGAUGUGCACCACCAUGAAAGUCCUGCAGCAUCUGGUGACGUCUGGAGACAAGGUGGGGGAGACUCUGGUGCCGUACUUCAGACAGAUCCUUCCCGUUUUCAACCUCUUCAAGAACAAGAACAAAAACCUUGGAGAUGGCAUCGACUACAGCCAGCGGAAGAGAGAGAACAUUGGUGAGCUGAUCGAGGAGACCCUGCAGAUGUUUGAGCUGUACGGAGGAGAACAUGCCUUUUUCAAUAUCAAAUAUAUGAUACCGACCUACGAGUCCUGCAUGAAAAACUGAGGGGGGCUGUCAUCCUGACAUUCUCAGCUUCACCUCUUUAUCAGUCCUUCUUUCUCUGCUUCCCACCUCUCCUCUAAACCAAACCUCUGUCUUUAUCCAUCUCCUUAAAAACUUCCUCGUCGAAAUUUCACAGCAUGUUUAAAACUGUAUCCAAGCAUUGUUGUUGUUUUUUGGUUUCUUUUAUGGUUUUUGUUCAAAGCUGACAAGGAAUCCUUAGUGCAUACUGUCUUAUGUUUUCAAAGCUUCUUUCAAAAUGAAUGAAAACAUUAAAUAUUCCGUUGAUUUUAACUGGAACGCCACCCAAAAUCUGUGUUUUGUCUGUCAAACAUUCAUCCUCCCCAUGAUGCUUGAAUCUUGACUAAAAAGUUUGUUCUUCACAGAGAAAAAAAGCUAAAGCCAACCUAGAUUUAUGUCGGCUGGAGUAGAUUCUGCUGCACAUUCACAAGAUUUUUGGGCGGAAAAAGGUCCACCAGUCCAGCUGCUUUUUUUGCUUUCUCAUAGCCAGCUUUCAAACGUGAGUUAGUCUCACUAGAUAUUUAAGAUAUUUUGGAGUAUAAAUAUUAAAUGCUUCAUUUUCCGGUCCAGAAACAGUAGGCAUCUGAAAGCCGGUGUCUCUUCCCUGCUACGAUUUUAUUUGGAAAGUUGCUAAUUCCGUUUGAGAGGUUGGGGAAAAAAUGAUUUGAGUGAUGUGGCAACUGCGGUGCUGUUUUGUAUUAUAUUGUACUACUGUACCCAUUCUGUCACAAACCCAGCUGGAGACGCAGCCUGUCUACACACGCAGAGAAAGACGCACAGGAAUGACGACUGACAGCAUUCCUCUAGACGAAUGCUCACUCAUACACACAUAUGUUUGGUUAACAUACUUUGAACUUUAAUACCCCACAGUGAUGUGAGUGAAGACUCGUUGUGCAUGCGGGUUUAUUGGUUUGUGUCUUUGUGCAUGUCAACAUACGUGCGUUCUUUGUUUAUUCAGUUCAGCCAGUAACUCAGGAGGAAUCUUUAACCGAAUUUGUAUUCUCACACUGUGCUGAUUGAAGGUGCUAUAUUCUCUACUUCAUUGAAGUCGCAGUGUAAACUUGAUCAGAGUGGAGGUUUUAGCAGCCAUACUUCCCACACACACAGUCACAUAUACAUAUACAACCCUGUGAACCACAGGGGAAACAUAGUGUAAUUGAUUUCUGAAACUCACAAGGACACUUGCACCCUCUCUUAUUGUAAGUCAUGUCUCCAGCUAAAGCAACUUUACAGGCCUGCGGAGGAAUCUAUUCUCAACCAGAAGACAGGUUCAUAAUGCUCAUAUUUCAGCCUCAGCACAUCUUGAAAAGAAUGUUACGGAAUAGGUGUUCCACACUGCUGAACCCAGUCGAGCUGCUCUCGGCCUGCUGCUUGAUCCGUGCAGUGAAAGACGAAAGGGAGUACGGAGCGGUCUUCUUUCAAGACAAAACACAUAUUUCACCUUAAUAACUACAGCCGCAUAGCAAAACAAAUAUAGCAAUGGUACAGACACAUGAACUACUUUUAAAACGGGUACACUUUCACCUCUGUUUUCCCUUAAUGAGCUGAUCGAACUCUGAAUAGCCCGCAGUUCUGUCGAACUGUAUCAGUGACGCCCCGCUGUCCCGCUUCACCUGUCCAAUUUUACUGAGCCACAGGCUAGCAGUUGGCCAGCAAAGGAAGGAGAGCUUAGAGAUAGAAAGAGGUAGAAAAAGGACAAAGUGAAACACGGAGAAGACUUUUGUUAAGCUGUAAGAACAGGAUCUGUCACUCACAGCCAUCCAUUUGCUCAUCCCUCACCUUUGUCUUACGGUGUCAUACAGGCCAUAAUAUACAGAAAUUGCCUCAAGUUCACUUUACGUUGGCCCUUAAAAGGCUAGGCACUCUGAUUGCUUUGGCUCAAUUAGGCCACAUCAUUGGCGUUAAUGGGUAUUAAAUGCUAAAUGGUGUGCGUUUCAACCUCUUCAGGAAGAAAGGUGACAGUCUGGAAAGGAAAGGAAUAAUUAAUAAUUUUUGCAUCUGCCAGAGUCACAAAGUAGUAUUUCAUCAUAUCUUGGUUCUGUACCACUAAAUUCGAACCUCAUGCAAUUAACUUUGGUAAUAUUUUUGAUUCUUUUUUAAAUUGCAUAUUAAGAUCAUUUGAGGAGUCAAACAGAGUUUCCUUUGAACCAAGAUAUUUAACCAAAGUCAAACCAUUCCCUUCAUUUAAAGAUUUACAAGGUCACUCAAGGCUUUCAUUAUUUCCAUUCUGGACUGUUGUGAGCAGUUGAAAUGGGUUUCCUCUGUUAUUGUGACUAAGGAAAGAUAGGAAGAGGAGCAUCUGAUCAGGAUGCAUCUUGACCACAUUAAUUUGGAGCUUUUCCAGGCACAAAUGACUGAUAGGAGACCCCUGGGUAGAUCCAGAAUUUGCCAGAUGGGCCUUGAUACCUCAGGAGGAGCAGGAAAACGGUGUUAGGGAGAGGGAACUCUGGAGAUCCUGCUUAGUCUGCUGCCACCAUAACACGACUCCAGAUAAGAAGAAAAAAAUGGAUUGAUGGAUAUUGAUAAGAUAGGAUAAGAUAAGAUGCGUUAUUUCAUCCUGAGGGAAAUUGUUGUGCCAGAUGUAAGUGCUGGAUUGGAUGAGCCCAAGCUUAUCCCUCAGACAAAUUGUAUUCUAAUAGCCAACAUUUGUUGCUUUGGUUAUUAGACCAGCAUCUCUUAGUAGUUCUUCAAUCUUGACUGGCACUUAGGGCCAACUGGGUUUUUCUUAAAUUUAGAAUUGGUCAUCAAUUACUAGUUUUCCAGUCUGCAGGUCCUGCCAUUUCCACCGCUCUCGGAAAUCCUUGGUUCAUUCAUUGAAAUGAGUCAUUUCAGUGGCAGUGCUUCCAUCCCAGAGUGCAAAUAUUCAACUGAAACAGUUCAAGCUGUUUCCAGGGGCACCAUCUCUGUAUCCUGGGCUUGGCACCAUCCAAUACAACUGUGAUUUGUACAAAGACAUGCAAGUAAGCCAGUGUUUUUCCCCCCAAAGCAGAAUGAUGAUGAGUGCAGAUAGAUAGUCCUCCAGUUCUGUGGAGAUGAGUCUCUUCAAAUCCCGGUUAAAACAUACUUUUUCUCACUGACUUUUCUGCUUUAGAUCCAAUUUCAGUUUCUAUCUGGGUGUAAAGUACUAAUUACUGCCCUUUAAAUUCAUCAUACAAUGAUCUGGAUUGCUCUUGUUGUAAUAGUUUAAUUGUUUUAUGGUUUUUAAUUGACUUGUUUUUCAUUUGUUUUAAUUGGCUCCAUUUGCCUACUGUUGUACACCACAUUAAUAAAUGUUUGUUGUGUUUAACUGCGCUAUAUAAAUAAAUUGACUUGACACACA